AUGGCCGACCUCUCCAGGACCCUGCCCUUGAAGCGCUCCUCCGUCCAGUCCGCCCAUGAACGCAUAAAAGACCACAUCCAACUCACGCCUGUUUUAACGUCAACGACCCUCUCGAACCUUGCAUCUACCCCGCAGACCCCAGAAGCCCUAGUCGGUACUCCCUUCGAGGGGCAGAGACCAGCUCGCCCUAGAAUAAAUUUCUUCUUCAAAUGUGAAAAUUACCAGCGCACUGGCUCAUUCAAGAUCCGCGGAGCCUUCCAUGCAUUGUCUCGGUUAAGCGAGGAGGAAUUAGCGAAGGGAGUGGUGACACACAGCUCUGGCAACCAUGCACAGGCACUCGCGCUGGCCGCACGGACACAUGGCAUACCUGCCCACAUAGUCAUGCCUACGAUAUCUACGCCUUCGAAGAUUGCAGCUACACAGGGUUACGGGGCGAACGUCUACUUCAGUGGUAGUACAUCUGAUGAGCGGGAAGCCGUCGUGAAGGAUGUCAUUAGAGAUACUGGUGCAGUCCUCGUGCCGCCGUACGAUCAUCCAGACAUCAUACUUGGGCAAGGCACAAUGGCAUUGGAGCUUGAGGAGCAAGCAAGAGAAUGGGUAAGGAAGGAUCCAGCCUUGAGUGUGCACCAUAAGGGACAACAAGAUGUUACGAAUGGGCACAGGAAUACCAGCCACACGAACGGUAUACAUGCGUCCUCAUUGGUGUCAGAACCUGGGCACCUCGACGCAGUCAUAGCCCCAAUCGGCGGCGGCGGGAUGCUCUCAGGAAUCGCCACUGCUCUCCACGGUACAGGGACUUACGUUUUCGGCGCUGAACCAUCCUUUGAAGGCGCCGAUGACGCUCGGCGCGGCCUGGCAGCUAAAAAACGCGUCACCACCGUCAGAACACUCACCAUAGCCGAUGGACUGCGAACUCCCGUGGGCGAAAUCCCCUGGACCAUCAUCUCGGACAAAACAAAAAUGCGCGGUAUACAUGCAGUCACAGAAGAGCAGAUCUUACAAGCGAUGAGACUGGUGCUGGAGAGGAUGAAGCUGUUUGUGGAACCGAGUGCCGUCGUGGGGUUGGCGGUUGCUUUGUAUGACGAGGAGUUUAGAAGCUUGGUGGAGAAAGAGGGUGGUGAGGAGGGGUGGGAUGUUGGGGUGGUAUUGAGUGGCGGGAAUACGACUGUGGAGGCUAUUUCGAAGAUGUUUGCUGUGUCUGAGGGGAAAGGUGAGAGGAUGGAGGGGAAACUGGGAGGGCAAGGAGAGAGGAUUGCGGAGAAUGUUGCUGGAUAG